AUGGUACUGUCCCAAAGGUUCCGGAGGCUGCAGGAGAGAAGGUCAGGCUUGUGGUGCAAAACUGCCUUGCGACCUUUACAUAAGAGGAACAUAAGAGGAGAGGAAAAAGCACCCGUGAUAACCUGCAGUAGAAAGGUUUACCCCCCGACUCUGAAGAAACUUCAAAGGACCAUGGCCAUGAUCACACCAACCCUAAUUAUGAGGAUGCUGAUCCUUGUGACCUUGUACGGCCUGACCGAUCUCACCAUGCUUCUCCUCUCCGGAAACAACUUGUCUGGCCCCAUCCCCCCCAGGCUCAGCAACCUAACCAAGCUCACCGACCUCGAUCUUUCUGUAAACAUUCUCUCCGGCCUCAUCCCCCCGGAACUCGGCAACCUGACCAACCUUACCCUCCUUGAUCUCCAUCGGAAUGCUCUCUUUGGUUCGAUUCCCCCCCAACUUGGCAGCCUAACCAACCUCAACAUGCUCAGCCUCCCUUACAACAACUUGUCAGGUCCCAUACCCCCCGAGCUCGGCAACCUGACCAGCCUCACCGUCUUAUACCUCUUCGACAACACCCUCUCCGGCCCCAUUCCCCCUGAGCUCGGCAGCCUGACCAGCCUCACCGUCUUAUACCUCUCUUCCAACGCCCUGUCUGGCCCCAUUCCUGCUGAGUUGGGCAACCUAACCAACCUCACCGGCCUAUACCUCUCCCGCAACAACCUCUCCAGCAUUCCCCCUGAGCUCGGCAAACUGACCAGCCUCACCGAUAUAAACCUCUCCGGCAAUAACCUCUCCAGCAUUCCCCCUGAGCUCGGCGGCCUGACCAGCCUCACCAAUUUAAACCUCGCUGGCAACACCGCCCUCUCCGGCCCCAUACCCCCCGAGCUCGGCAACCUGACAAGAUUAACAUACUUAUUCCUCCCAUAUAACAACCUCUCCGGCCAGAUCCCCCCCGAGCUCGGCAGCCUGACCAACCUCACCCACUUAUACCUCUUCAACAACGCCCUCUCCGGCCCCAUUCCUUCUGAGCUCGGCGACUCGAACGCGCCUACUACCCUUGGCAACCUGAUCAACCUCACCAGCGUUGACCUCUCCUACAACAGCCUCUCUGGCCCAAUUCCUCCAGAGCUCGGCACCCUGACCAAGCUCAGAUACUUCGCCCUCUCCAACAACAGCCUCUCCGGCCCCCUUCCCCCCGAGCUUGGCAGCCUGACCAGCCUCACCAGCUUAUACCUCUCCAACAACAGCCUCUCUGGCCCAAUUCCUCCAAAGCUCGGCAACCUGACCAAGCUCGGAUACUUCGAGCUUUACAACAACGCCCUCUCCGGCCCGAUCCCACCUGAGCUCAGCAACCUGACCGACCUUAACGAACUUUCCCUCUACAACAACGCCCUCUCCGGCCCGAUUCCUCUGGAGCUCGGCAAAAUGAGGAACCUCGAGUUCUUAGACCUCUCGAACAACAGCCUCUCCAGCCGAAUUCCUCCUGAGCUCGGCAAAUUGAGGUACCUCCGCUACUUAGACCUUUCCAACAACAGCUUCUCUAGCCGAAUUCCUCUUGAGCUCGGCAGCCCGGAUUCGGACCUCGCCUACUUGUACCUCCACAACAACAACCUCUCUGGCCCGAUUCCGGCUGAGUUCGGCAACCUGACCGCACUCACCAACUUAACCCUCUACGAGAACGCCCUCUCCGGCCCGAUUCCUCCAAGUCUCCUUCGAUUUGGCAACACAUCUUUCUAUCCUGGAAACUCGGGACUCUGCUGCACCAACUGCAGCGCCGACUUCAACUCGCAGUGCCCCAAUCCACCACCUCCGGAGCCAUCAUCGUCAUCAUCUCCUUCAGUCGGACCCAUUGUCGGUGGAGUUAUUGCGGGAGCUGCUCUCGUCCUGGCCUUUGCAAGCUUAGGGUACUGAAUUUACCGUAGAAAGACUCGGAUGUCAGGUUUUAGGGUUCGUGACACAGAGGUGGUUGCUUUCUAGGAGUUGGGCCGGCGAUCUUUCGUUUAGCCGGUUACGGGGCCUGUUAAAAGGAUGCCCACAGUAUAGGCCCGGUAUGUCCGUCUGACAUAGAACAAAUCACAGAUAGUGACUUAAGAAACUUAAGAAACUCACAGGCCCGGACUCUCAGUAUUGAAGCUUCCGACUUUUUUAUUAGGUUUUAAGUGAUGGAAACCUAGUGGGAGACUUGAACCAUCUAGAUUUUGAUUAGAGGGCCGGCCAUCGUGGUGUGUAUGUGCGGUUUAUCUCUGAGAUUUAUUCACUCAAUCGCG